AUGUUUAUGGGUUGACUAUGACUAAUGUUAUUUUUGUUUACUAAUGUUUCUCUUAUUAGCGUUAGACCAUAUUUUCACUUAAAUUAUUAAAUAUUAAGUAAAUGAAUGAGUCAACAAAUAAACGUGUACGCUCCAGCAAUUGGGAUGAUUAUGAUAAAGAGGUCCUUCGAACCUUGGCGCUGCAGCGGGCUGAUAUAUUGGAAAAUAAAGACACAACAACUAAAGUUAAUGCUGCGAAAAAAAAGGCUUGGGAGGAGGUUGUGACUAGUUUCAACAGAGUUUCGCGUAACAAAAGAGAUUUGCCCCAAAUUCUCAAUCAAUGGAGGAAUAUGAAAACUAGGGCUAAAAGUAUGUCUACUGAGAGAAGAGAUAGUAGUUCAACUAGUAAUGAGUUUAUUUUACCAGAAGUGGAAUUGAUUGUGGAACCAGAAACCUCAACUGUAGGGGAAGUAUUUUCAGCAGGAAGUUCCUCAAAAAAAACUAAAAAGAAAAAUAAUUUGAAAUCAAAUUGUUGUAAUCAAGACCAUGAACAUGAAAUAUACCUCCUCGCAAAGAAAAGCAGGGAAGAAGUCAUGUGGCAACAGAGACAGCUGCAUGAAACCAGAAUGCAACAAGAAAAGGAGAUUCAUGAAAAAAGGAUUGACUUAAUGAGACUAGAGGAAGAAUAUUGGCGAUUAAAAAUGAAACGAAUUUAUGACACAUAGCUAAAAUAAUUUUAUAACAAUUGUUGUGACUUGGUUGUGUGUUAUCAAUUAACAACUGCAACAUGACUUGAUGUGAUGAAAUAGAAGAAGUUCUUUCAUAAACAAAGCAGUGAGAGUGUGUCAGGUUCAGUUUAAUAUAUCCUUGAAAUUUA